AUGGAGCAAGAAAAGGAUUCUAAAGCUAACCACCGGGAAACACUUCAAGAUCUCAACCAUCUAGACUUCAAGGGACCUCAAGAGGAAGGAUUCAUCAGAGUAAUCAAGUUACACAUAUCAAGAUUUAAGACUCCAGCACAAUCAAGUCUGCGUCUUCAUCUUUGUUCGUCUUUGGGAACCUUGGCGGUUCUCUUUAACCGCAAUUGGCUAUGUGCUAUUCAAGUUGAAGAUGAAGAAGGAAUUUCUUCAUCUGAGUAUGAUCCUCAUGGACACCACGAGGUUGUACAUUUCACAAACAUAUUAUUGCAACAUGAGGACAUGAGCGAUGAAUGA